UUAUUAUUGUUGUUAAUACUAAGUUUCUUUCGUGAGAAAUUUUUCAAUGUCUGGUGGGUACGGCUGACUGGUGCUCGCUCGACACAUUCGGACCGUCCAAAAAAUAUUUUGGACAAUGCGAAUUAAAAAUAAUCUAUUCACUGUAAUCUACCCAGCACCGAAAAAUUUCUCUUCUUUUCAUCUUGUGUAUCACCUGGGAAUGCCGCAAGUACUGUGCCCAUCCACUAACACGUUAGCGUGUACAGGGAGGCUCCCCUACUACCCUUGGGGUCAACUGUGAAGAUUGGUUUUAUAUUUGUUAUUUUAUAUGGGUUGACUUGAUCAAACUUAUUCAAUUUGUUGUGGCUUUGGGUUGAACAAAACUUGAGGGUUCAACCUAUGUAAACUUAUACUAAUUCUCUCUAGCUAAGAGUUUGUUUUCCAUGGAAAGUUUCUAAGACCUCUGGAUCUUCCUCUCCUUUUUGGGUAUGUGCAUCUGUUGUAUCAUCUGUUAUGCAGUCUUUUGUUUCAAAUUCUUCAUUUAGCUUUCUCGUUCGCCUGGUAAGCUAGUCCCUUCCGUACCCCAAUCCUCCUUACUCCUCCCUUGCCUGUUUCUUAUGGAGAAUUUUCUUGAUUUAGCUUUGUGGUUUGCCAGGUCAAGCUCCCUUCUAUACUCCAAUGCUACUUACUCCUCCACACUCUUCCCUUGUGGGCCCGUGGUAGACUGACUCCCAUGCUACAAACUGUUACUUUCGUACAUUUAGCAGAGAAGAAUAUCUAUGCAAAAAAUCAAUAUGAUCGGACAUUAGGAACUCACGUGUCUGGUCACAAAAUGUAUGGCUUAAGUUUUGGUUUAUACGUACUUUACUAUCCAUUUUAUAUGAGUUGUUUACAUAACUGCCGAUAUCUGAUGAAACUAAUUUUUUGCACAUAUGUUAUUCUCAGAGGAUAUACGAAAUUAACAGUUUGGAUCAUCUACAGGCCCACAAAGGGAGAGUAUGGAGGUGUAAGGAGGUUGGGGGUAUGGAGGGGAGCUUGACCUUCGUUCUCCAUUAGAUUUGAUUUCUGUGUGAUCUCUUGACUAUUUUUUCUUAUUCCCAUAGUCACAUCAGCUUUUAUAUCGCGAUUGCAUACUAGUUCUUUGGCACAAUACAUGAUCUUUGUAAUUUUUUUUUGUAUUCAUCAUUCCUGAUAUCUAAAUCCGCGUUCAAUGCUUUCUCCAUCUUUUUGGGAUAGGAAAAAAUUGUAAAUACAACACCACAAAUGCAAUUUGUGAUUUUUAAUGAAAUUCCCAUGGAAUUUACAUUUCCUUGCAGGCAGUAUCUGUUACUGUUAGUUCAUCAAUAGUGAAAUUCAAGAACUGAUGAUUGACUUUUAUGUUGUGGUUAUGAUUGCCUUCUAUUUGUAUCUCUCACAAUUUGUAUCUGUUAGUUACAUUUCAUGUCAUAUAGCUCUGUUAUAACCCAAAAACUGAACGCAAUUUGUUGAUCCUUUACUUACUCACGUGAACGGCAAGAUUACCGGCAUUCAGUCAUCCUUUUAAUUGUGUACUUGCUUGUUUGUUUGUUUGCUGUUCUUGGCGGCAGCAGUGUUCUUCAAUUUAUUCGCUUUUACAAAAUUCUCGCCCUUGCGUAUUUGUAAUACAACUGAUCAUUGUGAUUUCAGAAGAGAGAUUUUAACAUCAGCAGGACAAAAUGGCUCAUCUUUGGCAAGUGUGGUUGCCUUGUUUAGUAACUCUACUGGUGGCUUUAAGCCUUCCAAAUUCACAAGCUCGUGUGACAAUUGAAAAUAGUGUAAGAUCAGCUGUCUUUUUUUCGCCCGAGUUUGUACUUGGACCGGGAUCAGUGGAGAACAAAUUCUACUACGAUAUUGGCUUUCCGAGAGGUCAUAUUGCUGUUAAGAGUUUCAAUGCUGAAGUAGUUGAUGAGGUGGGGAAUCCUAUCCCCCUUCAUGAAACUUAUCUCCACCACUGGGUUGUGUAUAGAUAUUAUCAACGUAAGGGCGUUGAAGUUCAAGAAGCCAAUGACACCGACCUUAUCAAGGUGAGAAACUCUGGACUAUGUGAUAAUGGUCUUUGGCAAUAUUUUGGCUCUGGUUCAGAAACACGAAGAACGGCCACACAUGUGCCGGAUCCUUAUGGUAUAGAAGUUGGUAAUCCGGCGGAAAUUCCUCCUGGAUAUGAGGAGAAAUGGUUACUGAAUGUCCACGCAAUUGACACACGAGGGGUGGAAGAUAGGUUGGGAUGCACUGAGUGCAGGUGUGAUCUCUAUAAUGCCACAAGGGAUGAAAAUGGCAAACCGUUGAGUCCUGGUUACACAGGCGGCAUGGAAUGUUGUCAUUAUCAGACUCAGUGCAGGGUAAAAGAAGGCUUUGAGAGUGUCAAGAGAAGCCUCUUCAUGAGAUACACAGUUAAGUGGGUUGAUUGGGAUACUUCCAUUAAGCCUGUUAAAAUUUUUGUAUUCGACGUGACUGAUACCUGGAAAAAGGUGGACGCUUCAAUGGGGCACGCUACAGAACAUCAUUGCCUGGUGGAGUAUGAUGUUGAGUCUUGCUCUGCGGCUGGUGAAACCAAUGAUGGUUGCACCGAUAGCAGGAGAGUAAACCUGACUAUGCCCACUGGUGGUAGUGUCAUCUAUGGUGUUGGACACCAGCAUACGGGAGGGAUUGGUUCAACUCUUUAUGGAGAGGAUGGACGAGUUAUCUGCUCUUCAAUACCAACUUAUGGAGAAGGAAGUGAAGCAGGAAACGAGACUGGUUACAUUGUCGGAAUGUCCACCUGUUAUCCUUAUCCGGGAUCAGUCAAAAUAUCUACUGGGGAGACUCUGGUUCUGGUAUCUAAUUACAGUAUGGGCCGCCAAAGGCAUACUGGAGUUAUGGGACUUUUCUCCAUCUUGGUCGCUGAUGCAUCGCCGGUUGAAAAGCAUGAAGUGAUGACAAUUCCGGUUCUCCUUUGGGGUGUAGCCUUCUUGUUUGGAAUUGCCAUAGCUAUCGCUGUUGCUGCUGUUGCGUACCGGAAAUGGAGAGCUAGAAAGACUGGCUACCAAUCAAUCACAACGUAAAACUUGAAGACUUGCUAUCGAUCAAUCACAAUGUUCGCGUCGCAUGAUUGUAGUUAUGCGGUUCAUCUUCAUAGACAUUGUAUGCUGAUACUAUAUCAUCGUCGUGUAAUAAUUAUGUCGUACAAAAUCAAUGGAAACUUUGUCAUCUCCAAACUGGUUCAUUUUGCCCUCCGCAUUCGUUAAUCAAAUUUGAUUCAAAAGCUAAA